GCAAAUAACCAAGAUUCUAGUACAAUCACUACAGGAAUAUUUGUGAGCUGUAAUUAUAUCUGUUGAACAUCAUGAGUUUGAAACCAAAAGAAUUUGUAACGUUUAACAAUGGAAAUCAAUUUCCUGUUCUUGGAUUGGGAACCUGGAAGUCAGAGCCAGGAAAAGUAGAUCGAGCUGUCAGAGAUGCGAUUGACCUCGGAUAUAGGCACAUUGAUUGUGCUCAUGUUUAUGGCAAUGAAAAAGAAGUUGGCUCAGCUAUCAAAAGCAAAAUUGAGGAAGGCGUAGUCAAAAGAGAGGAUCUUUAUAUAACGAGCAAACUAUGGAAUACUUUCCACAGACCAGACUUAGUCAAAGGCGCUUUACAAACUACACUCGACAAUCUUGGCUUAAAAUAUUUAGACUUGUAUUUGAUCCAUUGGCCUAUGGCUUACAAAGAAGAAGAAGAUUUGUUUCCAACUGUUAACGGUCAAAUUCAGUUUUCUGAUGUUGAUUAUUUAGAUACUUGGACAGCAAUGGAAGCUUUAUAUAAUGAUGGAUUGGUGAAAAACAUUGGGGUCUCUAACUUCAAUUCAAAGCAAUUGCAAAGACUUCUUGAUCACUGCAAAAUCAAACCAGUUACUAACCAGGUUGAGUUGCACCCUUACUUGAAUCAAAGCCGGCUAAGACAAUUCUGUCAAGCACGUGGAAUUCAAAUAACAUCAUAUAGUCCACUGGGCUCUCCUGAUAGACCUUGGGCGAAACCGGAAGACAAAAAGGUUCUUGAUGAUCAAUGGCUCAACGAAAGGGCUAAAGCUUUAGGAAAAACUCCAGCCCAAUUAACAUUGAGAUGGAAUUUACAAUUAGGCAAUAUUGUAAUACCAAAAUCAGUUACAAAAUCUCGAAUUGCUGAAAACUUCAAUAUCUUUGAUUUUGAAUUAUCGGAAGAUGACAUGGAAUGCUUUAGUAAGCUUGAUGAAAACUAUAGAACUGUUCCAAUGACAGGAGCACUUGGACAUAAACACCAUCCAUUUGAGAACGAAGAAUUUUAAACUUCUGUUGAUCAAAAUAAAUAACAAACAUAAAAUACCUGA